GCAGCCGCAGGGCAGUUUGUGUGUUUUUAUAUACCUUGCCGCAGGGGUGGAGAUAUUUCUUCGGGGUGGAGCGCUUCAGGAUUUCAAUUUUGUGCUUGUAUUUUAUGCGUAGCGCUCUCACUUGCUUUAUUUUGUUAAGAUAACGUCAGUGCUGUUCAGUGCUGUUUGUCAUAAGUUAAAGUUGAAGUGGCAUUACAUUUGCAGACUGCUAAUUGUAUGAGAAGGCCAGAGGAGACGGCCAUGAGCGGUCUGCCACUGCCGGAUCCGGCUGCUGAGGAGGAUGACGACGGCCUCCAGGACCGGGCCGCCCUGCUGACGCCGGCCCGCCCGCGCCCCGGCCGCCGCCGCCCCCGCCCCCGCCCGCACACCGCCGCCGGCCGCUGCCUGCCGCUCGUCAAGACUUUCACAAUAUGUCUGUCGUUCUUCACCCUGGGUUUGUGCAUCGCCCUGCCGGGCCCGACGCUGCUCGACCUCCAGAGCCAGGUGUCGGUCUCGAUGGCGCAAAUCUCGCAGCUCUUCUUCUGGAGGGCUCUCGGAUACCUGGCGGGAUCCAUGAUCAGCGGCCUGCUGUUCGACAAGCUGAACCGCCUCCUGAUGAUGCUGGCGAGCAUGGCGCUAGCCGCGGCCGGGAUGGCUACCGUACCGUGGCUGCGCAGCGCCCUCUCGCUGAACGUCUGCUUCGCCGCGCUGGGAGUGCCUCUUGGAUUUGUUGACACGGGCGGUAACGUGCUGCUUCUGGACCUCUGGGGCAAGUCGAGCGGCCCCUACAUGCAGGCCAUCCACUUCAGUUUCGGCCUGGGGGCCUUCGCCGCACCGCUGCUAGCCGUGCCAUUCAUCGCGCACGGGCCGGCGCCCAAUGGCACAGCGGCGGUUCUGUUUGGUCGAAACCAUCUCCAUACCGUAAACCUACCGACUGGUCUGAACGAUCCGACCAGUAACCCGACCGAGAUACCCGGCGAGACGAUCUCUGAGGUGAUUGAUUAUGUCACUCAACCACCGGCGAGCGUACAGGACGUCUCCUCCGUGAAACGAGACAGCGUAGAACCCCACUACUUCAAACUCGGUUUGGCGUUGGCUGGUGGUGACGCGUCCCUGCGAAUCCAUCGCUCUGUUGAUGCUAUAGCACCGGAGGAUCAUCCCGCGACGGUGCAGGGACGGGAGACUGAGGAGGUAACAGCGGCAGAGGAAAGAAAGAGUGUGGUUGGGAGGGAGGGGGUGACGCUGGACGGGAAGAGUGGAGAGGAGAGAGGAGGCAGUACUGGAGGGACUGAGAGUGCAGGGGAUGAGCCGACGGCUGGUGAUGCUACAGAGCUAGCUAUGGGGGCUGGUGUGGGGAACGGGGAGACGUCUGCGACCGAUACGACGGUAGGGCCAUCUGUUGUCGCAAUGGAGAACUCUAGGGUCGUGACACAGGCGGCCGAUGACUCUGCGCCUACAGCUGCGCCCGUAACAACUGCACAGCCAAGUGGGGACGAUUCGUCAGCGAUGAAGGUUAGCCUGAACGAUGCCACUCCGGAAACUAAGCUCCAGCUACCGAUUAAUAUCACUGAAGACACUGACCUCCCCAAUGCUGGUCAAAACGCCUCUGAAGGAGCAAUGUAUGACGUGACAAUGAACCCGAACCUCAACUUCACCGAGUCACCGAUAGAUGCCACUACUAUCGGAAGCACCCUCAACGCCUCCGAGUCCAUUGAAGAACCUGCUAUGCAGCACACACCAAAGCCAAAACCUGUCUUCACGGACGGAAACAAACUCGAGCAUGACCAGACCUGGGCACGACCUCCGUUGAAGCCUGCGCUGCACCCCGCCCCCGCUGAGCCGGAACCCCCGGCUACGACCUCUGAGGCACGUACCCCUCCUGCAAACACCACGGAGAGCCCCUCCACUGCGCAGGCAGUGAACAGCACUGAGGUGUCCGCCACACCGAGCCCAGGAGGAGAGAAUGCCUCAUCACCGACGUCUGCGCCAGACGCUGCGGCGACAGGAGACAGCGGAAAGGGCGCUGGAGGGGAGGUAAUCGCAACGGAGGCUGGACAAGAACAUGGUAAUGACACAGGACAGACGAGUGAUGGGAAGGAGGGAGGUGAGCAGAUGUAUGGUGAGAUUACCACGACCGCUUCUAACAUUGCGGGCGGCACGGUUCUGGCUUCUGAAACGAUUUCUGAUGUUGCCGCUCCUAUAGAUACUACAAACGCUCCUGAUGGUGCGUCUGAAGUCGUUGGCUCGAAGCUGGACCCCGUUGAUGGCAAUGAGGCUGUUACAUCUCCUCCUCAGCCCUCUCUUGCAUCUGAGCCCAGCUCCGCUUCGGAUGCCGUCUCAAAGUCGGCCUUACCGCGCCCAAAGCUGCCCUACGGUGGUCCCAUUGCCACAGAACCUCCUGCUUCUGGUGCUAGCUCAGAUAUGUCCUCCCCAACCAACGAGGGGAGACCCGUCAGUGCUGAAGCCAUGCCAGAGGCUUCCGCCGGGAUGGCCUCUAGUGGCUCCGACACGAACACAUCCCCUGAGGCAGCUGACUCUGAUUCUAACCCCGGACCGAUUUCGGCCGAAGUCAGACCGGCGCCUGGCCUUUCUGAACGCCCUGAAAUGGACUCCUUUGGUCCCUCGGAGGAGGACUGGGACCCAGAGGAGGUGGUUGGUACGGAGCCGGGACUGAGCGUGCCGGCCGUCCCACCCACCGCUGCCGUGCCGGCCACAGCACCGGGAAUCCUGAACGCGGCUCCAUUGCCGACGGCUAGCCAAGGAGCGGUGGAGCCCAGCCGGGGGAGUGGAAAGCAGGGUGCACCUAGUCAGGUGUCAUCUCCCGGUCGUGAAGGGGAAUCGAGCUCUAAUCAAGACUCUCAGGUAGACAGUGGACGCGAGUCCAGCCCUGUCUCUGUCUCAUCCACACCAGACUCCCCCUCCUCGCCCCCUCCGCCGCUUCCUAAGCCUCACAAGCCGGGCACCUAUGACGAUACCUCAGCUGAGGACGGGCUGCUAACGCGUCUGUCGAGCGCCGCGGCGGUGCGUGGCGUGCCACCGCUGGCACAGCUGUACCUCCUAGUGAGCUGCUCGCUGCUUCUGGUGGCUCUCAUCUUCCUGGGUCUACUAGUGUACGACCCCCGCGCACGGCGUGCCGUGCCGUCCGCAGAUGCCGGCGCCGGUCCGUCGCGCUGUUACACUGGUACACUGGUCUCACUCAUGGCUAUCGUGCUGUGUUUUUAUGUGGGCAUGGAAGUGGCCAUGGGUCAGCUCCUGAUGAGUUUCUCAGUCCACUCCAAGGUGCACCUAUCGCGCGCGGGUGGUGCCUACGUGACCUCGGUGUUCUGGGGUCUGUUCGCCACCGGCCGGGCCCUGUCCGUGUGUAUAGCCGGCGUGCUCCGGCCGGCCGCCGUGCUGGCCGUCAACUACGCGCUGGUCACCGCCGGCUCCGCUGUUCUGCUGGCCGCUGGCAGCUGGGACCGCACGGCGCUACUGGUCGGCGGAGCGCUGGCCGGCCUGGGCAUGUCGUCCGUGUACCCCGCCGCGCUGGUCUGGCUCGAACAGCACGUACACGUCAGCAGCCGCCUGGCCGCUGUGCUGGUCGUGGCCGGCGCGCUGGGCGAGAUGCUGCUUCCGGCCGGUGUGGGCGCUCUGAUGGCGGUCGAGCCGCGGGCGCUCACCUACUCCCUGGCCGCCUGCACUGCCGUGUGUCUGGUGAUGCAGGCGGUGGCGGUGGUGACGGCCCGGGUCGGCCGGCCGGCGGUGGGACCCCUCCAGGGCUACCAGCUGGCCGCGCAGGAGGAGGAGGAGGAUAUGGUCGACCUGGCCAAAUACCCGGGCAGCGGAGAGGACGGCAGCAGGAGGCUUCUCAGGAUGUGAGCCGGUGAAAACUGCCUGUGCCUGUGCAGUGGAAGUUGAGCUCACUUGACGCAACCUACCGUGGUCCCAGCGAGUGUUUGCUGGACGACACGGCACGACAUUAUCGGAGUUGUCGAUGGUUACUGCCUCGGGUAUUCUCUACUUUAGUCUGGAGUCACAGACAUAAGCGUGCUUGCUUUGGCCAUCGGCAUUCGACGCCUUCGUCUGCCGUCGUUUCAUCCCUUGACGACCUACCGAGUCUUACGCUGAGCUCCCGCCUUGAGGAAAUGUGUCUCUGUGCCAUUUCAUGUGCUGAAUCGUUAUCACUGAGCCCCAUGUCGGCUUGCGGUGUCUGUUCCGUGCUUCUUGUCUGCAUUCUUCCCCGCUUGCUGCGUUUCCGAAUGCAGAGAUCCACUCGUCUGGAAGCUAUCUUCCCCGCUCGUCUGACUGGCAGAUACCGAAGUUUCCGGCGAACAGAGAUUGCCUCGAUGGCUAUGGCAUCUGUGACUGUCUCACCUCUGGUUGCCAUUCGUUCCAGAUUAUAUUCAGACAUGAACGCGAUACAAACCCAUCAAUUACUCACCCCAGAGCGACAAUGAUAUGUGAGCUCCGCACACAUUUUGUGAGAGCUUCAACCUGCCGUUCUCAUAAGGCUGAAUGCAUCUCGUGACUUCAGCUCUCUCCGUCGUUGAACAAGCAUGAGCAAGAAACCGAACAAGCUCUGAAGUGACGGGUCAAGAUGUGGGACGUUUUUCCUCGUGCUUUUACUUGUGCAAUAUUAUCGACGUAGGCAUCUCGGUUUUCGAACGCUAGUUAGGGGUUGUUAGUUGGAAACCCACAGUGCAUGGGUUCCUUGUUGGUUUAUGUUAUCCCCCAACAGGCACAGGCUGUUCGCUUCAGUUUAUUCCAUAGUAGCAGUUGGCGUUAUUUUUAGUAAUAUUUAUGGACAGCUAUAGCUGUCAAUCCGAGCAAUGUAAGACUUCUGAAGUCAUGUGAAUACUUGGCUGUUUCUGUUUGAAUUGUCACAUAGCCCUCUGUUCGUCACUCUCAGUAGUGAACGUAUUUAUAAUUGAAUUCCUGAUUCGAGGUCUUAGACAAUUUGGGAAACCAGUGCAAUCAUCGAGAUAUUGAAGACGAUAUCUUGCAAUAUGGUUUAAACGAAACGACACACGACGCGUGCGUAUCCUGUGUAAAGUUAAAGUAAUCUGGGCAUAAUAAUAUGAUAUUGGACGAUCGUGCACCUGCAGUAGCGCAGUGCGAACCGCGCUUUUGUAAGCGAUUCUAUUCCCCUGCCUGACCUGUGACCUGUAGGUACUUGUCAUUGUAGCUUACACGCCUGUAGCUUACACGCUAAUAGUACCACCCCUCAACGUAACCGUUGUAGCUUUUUCAUGUACUUACCGACUUAGGACGGUCUUUGCUGACUGAUCUAUGGCCCGAUGAUAUUCGUGAUCUUCAUGCGAUCUUUUGCACUCCAAGCGAGCCCUCUGACUGUCAGGAGCGCGAGGUAUGGCUGGGGAUUAGGCAGCGUCCUAGGUACUGUGUCUAAAUGCGACCCGUGUGACCUGACCCGACCUGGCGACCGCCGCUGUUAGAUGUUGGGUCACCCGGUGUGACCGUUGAAUGCCUGUGAAGAGCUUACCCCUGCCACUGAGCCACCGUAGCGGCCGCACGGUAGCGGGUAUCGUAGAGAGCUUCUGCCCAUGUCCGUUUUCUAGAAUCCGUGUCCCCACUUGCAGUCGCUACACUUAAAAGCUGCUAGUCUAGGUAACUAUCGCUUCAAGCUCAUGUGUAACACCACCGCCCGCGAUUCUCUGCGUGCGGGUAGCGAUGUUCCGCCGACGGUGGUGAAAUGUAAAUAACUGGCAGCUGAUGUCGAAUAGAUGAGCGGAAUUCCGCUGUGUGACGUCACACUGAGCGAGCGCUACGUCACGAUCAACUUUGUGUGAUACGGUGUCAUGAAUUGCUAAGCAAUGUGAGCCCUAGUCACAGUGUGGGCUUUCUGGUUUUUGCUGAGUUGGUAUAGAGCUGCUUAUCUCUUACUGUUAAGUUGUUAUUUUAUGAACAAUCUAGGUUAGAAGUGCGGUCAUUUGACUGGUCUGUGCAUGGCCGUGGCGGCAUUGUGUCGCUUAGUGCAGGAUGCUGGUUUUGAGGUGCAAAUUAACGCCCCGACUCCACGAAUACGUGAUGUGGGUUCGCUGAUAAGGUCAUUCCCCGCUCAUUUUAACGUGGAUCGAAUGGUGACUCGGUUAGUGGCCGUAUAGCAUUGAUGUGUUCUUUUACUCGGUUGUGUUUAAUGUUGCCGGUUUAUGUGCUGAAAAUCGUGUCAAUAUAUCCCACGCUGUA